CUUCUAAUCCUUAAUAGCUACAGCAGCCAUGUAUCAACUAAUUUUAUAGAUGUCUACAAUGGCAACCGCAUCCUGUUAGCUAUCUUUCCACCCCACGCAACCUAUAGCUUGCAGCUACUUAAUGUAGUUAUGUUCGCUCUAAUGUUGAAAGUAUACUUAAAAUAA